AUGGAAGAGCUGAACGACGUCUUUGCAUGCGUUGAGGAGGCUUUGACUGCUGACCAGAGGAAGAAGCUCCUGGAGAAGGAGCUGAGGCGCAUGCAGGACUACGCAGAAUCGGUUGAUGUUAUCCUCGGCCAGCGUGAGGAGCUGCGGGCAUUGGUGGUCGCCGGUGAGUGCUUCGAACGCCAAGCGCAGGCAGGCACAGGACGUUGGGUUGGGAAUUCAAAGCACUUCCUCGAAGAGGAGAAAUUCCGACGGCGUUUCGUGCGUCAAUAUCCCGAGCUCCGGGACAAGCUGAUAGACUCCAUCAGUGAUUGGGAGACAGCUGAGGGAAAGACCUUCCUGCACAAUGGCAUUGCUUUGGGGGCACGUCUACGGGAAGCUCGGGACCAUGGUGUGGCACUUGCUAGCGCGCAGGGUGACCUCAGCAUCAUGUCGGUUCUGCUGCACAUCCUCGCUGUGACAGAAGAGCACCUCCCAAGCUCGCCGUCUGGGAAAAGCAACGACUCGCCAACGCCGAAGUCAAAGACCGGCACCAAGCAAGAGGGAACUGCGCUGACGCGGGCAAGCUCGGAAGCUGCCAUUCGAAGAUCGCCAUCGCCCAAACGGCGAGGCGUCAAGCGACAGAAGUCGGCUACUGACCUGACUGUCAGACUUCCUCCGAUCCGCAAGGUCUGA